AUGACGAGCAAUAUUCCCCAUAUCCUCAUGCAUCCCUCCAAGGCGCUUCCCCAAUCGCCCUGGGCAGUCUCGUCCGCCCUUCCAUCCCGAAUUGACCCGUCCUUGCUGGUUGAAGAGGAGAGCUCUCCCUACUACGAACCAACCUAUUUUUAUCCGGCGCGGAUUGGUGAAAUCCUUCAUGACCGGUAUCAAAUUGCGACCAAGCUUGGUCACGGAAGCAGAUCGAGUGUGUGGCUUGCAAGGGACCUUCACCAGUGGUGCUGGUCGAACCAGCGAUAUGUGGCUCUUAAAAUAAACUCCAAUAAUUCCCACGCAUGGAAAGCUGCUGGUGACGUCGAGAUGGAGGUUUUGCGACAUAUAACGAGAGCGAAUUGUCAACAUGAGGGCUGGCGUUUCGUUCGAAAAUUACUUGACUCGUUUCCUGUCCAGGGAAUCUCAGGGAGACAUGUAUGUCUCGUCUUCGAACCUUUACGUGAGUCUCUGGGAAAUUAUUGCCAACGAUGGCAAGAUGGCGUGAUGCCACCAGAGAUUUUCAAAAUAAUCCUCCAAGAAAUACUCCAAGCGGUUGAUUAUCUCCACACUGAAUGUCAUAUCAUUCAUACCGGAACACUCAAAAAGGAAGACCUUAUCCCUAGUAAAUUUAGCUCUGAAAGCACCCUCUCCAUGUUUAAUGGGGAAGAAAAGAGGAUUUUUAUUAGCUUCAUCAACCGGAUGAUCAAAUGGAAACCCGAAGAGCGAAGUACAGCGAAGGAUCUACUGCUGGAUCCAUGGCUUCACAAUGAUUAUCCGCAAAUAUGA